GGAUUAGGUCGGAAGAUGCGAAGGUGGCUAGUAUUAGGGACUAGCCACUACCUCAGGCUGUUACUGAGGUCAGAUCUUUCUUAGGAAUGUGCGGCUACUAUAGGAACUUUGUGAAAAACUAUUCCACGGUCGCCUCUCCUUUGACUGAUCUAACUCAACUUGUUACGCCGUGGGACUGGAGUGAUGAGUGUGAGGCUGCUUUCAAACGAUUGAAACAUGCACUCAUGAAUCAUGAGGUUCUCAUGGUGCCUGAUCCUCAGAAGCCUUUCAUUGUGACCACUGACGCAAGCCAAUACGGCAUUGGUGCAGUGCUGGCUCAACAGGAUGGGAAGAAGUUUAGACCGAUUGAGUACAUGAGCAAGAAAAUGCCAUCAAAGAAACUGGCAAAGUCCACCUACGAAAGGGAACUCUAUGCCCUUUACAAGGCACUUGUCCAUUGGAGGCACUUUCUGUUGGGACGGUUUUUCUAUUUGAGAACUGACCAUCAGACCCUUAAAUGGAUCAAGACUCAACCUGCUCUUUCUGAUGCACUCAAGCGCCGGAUUGAGGUCAUAGAUCAGUAUGACUUCAAGCUAGAGUAUCUGAAGGGAGAGUACAACAAGGCUGCAGAUGCGCUGUCACGUAGGGAAGACUACCUAGGGGCGCUAGUUUCCGAAUUUGGCGUAUCUAAGGAAGUAACUCAAUCGCUGGUGGGAGCCUAUCAGGAAGACCCUGUCACGAUGGACAUCAUAUGCAAACUGCAGGCGAAAGAUAAGUCCAUAGAAGAUGAGUUUGUGAUGGUGGAUAGGUUGCUCUUUCUGAGAAAGGAUGGGAUUGAAAGAUUAGUUGUUUCAUCUAGUGAAAAUUUGCGUAGUUUAUUUCUAGGAGAAUGUCAUGACGCAACUGGACACUUUGGCUACAAGAAGACAAGCAAUAAUCUGAUACAGCGAUUCUGGUGGCCCGGUAUGCUAGAUGACGCAAAGAAGUAUGUGGAGACCUGCCAAAUCUGUCAGCGGGACAAGCCGCAAACUCAAGCACCGCUUGGGUUGCUGAAGCCCUUGCCCAUCCCCGUUGGUCCGGGACAGUGUUUCCAUGGAUUUCAUGGACACCCUGGUAACCAGUAGGAGUGGCAAGAGGCACAUCUUUGUUAUCAUAGACCGAUUCACCAAGUAUGCUAGACUAAUUACUAUGCCAGAGACGGCGAGGACUGGACACGUCAUCAAGUUGUUUACGGACAAUUGGGUGCGUGAUUUUGGACUGCCAAAGUCAAUUGUUAGUGACAGAGAUGUCCGAUUCACAAGCGAGCUGUGGAAGGAGACUGCUGAACAAAUGGGCAGUCAACUU